UAUUAUUUUUGUUAAUUAAUUAAUGGAUUUGAUUAACAACAAUCUCUCUCUGUUGUUUCCAGAUCUUUAGAAUCAAUUGGAUCAUCCAUUGAGGCCGAAGCAGAAUCAAAAGAAAAAGAAAAAAAAUCAACUAUAAAAUCAAGCUAAAGGGCCUACAUAAAUAAGAGAUGGGAGGGGAGGAGAGAUGGUGUGUGGUGACUGGGGGAAGAGGCUUUGCCGCCAGGCAUUUGGUGGAAAUGCUCAUUCGAUAUGACAUGUUUUUGGUUCGUAUUGCUGACUUAGGCCUCUCUAUCAAACUAGACCCCGCUGAGGAGAAGGGAAUCCUUGGCAAAGCUAUACAGUCAGGUCAUGCUCAAUACGUAUCGGUUGAUCUUCGGGACAAGUCCCAAGUACUUGAAGCUUGCCAAGGAGCUGAGGUUGUUUUCCAUAUGGCUGCCCCGGAUUCAUCCAUUAACAACUACGAACUCCAUCAUUCCGUUAAUGUCAAAGGAACAAAGAAUGUAAUUGAUGCUUGUGUUGACCUCAAAGUUAAGCGACUUAUAUAUACCAGCUCUCCUAGUGUGGUCUUUGAUGGAGUUCAUGGAAUAAUUAAUGGGGAUGAGUCGUUGCCAUAUCCAGCUAAGCACAAUGAUACAUAUUCUGCCACUAAAGCUGAAGGAGAGGCACUGGUCAUCAAGUCAAAUGGUAGUAAUGGGCUUCUAACAUGCUGCAUCCGUCCUAGCAGCAUUUUCGGUCCUGGUGAUAAAUUACUUGUUCCAUCAUUGGUAUCUGCUGCGAGGGCAGGGAAAUCGAAGUUUCUUAUUGGUAAUGGCAAGAACAUGUAUGAUUUCACUUAUGUUGAAAAUGUGGCACAUGCCCAUAUAUGUGCUGAACGAGCUCUUGCAUCGGAGGUGACAGUUGCAGAGAGAGCUGCAGGGGAGGCAUAUUUUGUAACUAAUAUGGAGCCAAUCAAGUUUUGGGAGUUUGUCUCACUUGUUCUUGACGGUCUUGGCUAUGAAAGGCCAAGAAUUAAGAUUCCAGUCUUUGUAAUAAUGCCAAUUGCACGUCUGGUGGAGUGGACAUAUAAGCUGUUAGCCCCAUAUGGCAUGAAAGUUCCACAGUUCACACCAUCAAGAGUUAGACUUCUGUCUUGCAGCAGAACAUUUAACUGUUCAAAAGCAAACGACCGACUUGGCUACACACCCAUUGUACCAUUUCAGGACGGUCUUAGAAGGACAAUUGAAUCAUACUCGCACUUGAGGGCUGAAUGUCAACCUAAAAAGGAUGGUCCAUCAAAAGCUUUCUUAUAUCUUGGAAGAGGAAGAGUUGCCGACAUGCUUCUGUGGAGGAAUAAGAGGGAGACACUCACCACAGUGUUCAUUCUUGUUUCAAUUUACUUCAACUUCAUAGCAUCGGGAUACACCAUCAUCGCUAUGGUUUCAAAGCUUCUCUUGAUGGCAUUUGUUUUUCUGUUCAUCCAUAGCAUCUUACCUAAGAAAAUAUUGGGAUAUACAAUUGAGAAAAUUCCUGUAUCAAAAUUCUAUUUCUCGCAAGAGAUGUCAAAUGAAGUUGCUCUUUCAAUGGCCUCUUCGUGGAAUUCUGCAGUAAAUGGUUUAAUAUCUCUUAGCAAAGGGAAUGACUGGACUCUAUUCCUCAAGGUGGUUAUGUCUCUAUCGAUUCUCAGCUUCCUUGGUGCCAUUUCACUCCAAAAUUUGUUUGUUAUAGGACUUCCCGUUGUCUUUGUUGCUUUCUUUGUGUAUGAGAAAAAGGAGGAAGAAAUAGAUGGUUUGAUUUAUCAAAUUAUUUCGUACGGAUGCAAAUUGAAAUCCGAUACAGCCAGAAAAUUCUUUAACUCGAAGAAGAUUCAGUGAUAGUGGAUAGAUAUUUGACAUCUUUUUGCCGAAUUGACAUUGGAAUUCCAUUUUUCAUUGCUUGGGCCCUUCUAACUGGUUUUCGGAUGAUUUGAAAUGAGAGCAUUGGCAACUCGGUAUUUGCUUGUGUCCAAGCUGGUGCAAUGUAGUGAUGAAGAUCCUUGGAACAUUUUUGUGCUGAUCCAAUGCUCAUAGAAGUUGCCAGUGUUUUGGCA